GAGAUACCAGGUGACUGUUAGACAAGUAGCAUAUGUAAAUGAGGACUUGCCCCCUAACCUCUAAUAAAAAACAGUUGAAUCUGAAGCCUGGAGCUUUUCAAACAGUGCAGCAAGACGUAACACUGAGCAAGAUGCAGAGCUCCAGUGCUCCAGUGAGCAUUCCUCUGGGUGAUGGAAGAAGAGCAGCGACAGUCGUGUUGUCCAUGCCGGAUCAUCCACCUGAUUAUGUAGUGUGGUCCAUUGCCAGCCUCUACUAUGGGAACCCCUGCUGCCUGGGCCUGGUCGCCUUGAUUUUCUCAAUGAAGUCCAGAGACCGGAAGCUGAUGGGAGACAUGACUGGAGCGAAGAUGUAUGGCUCCAAUGCAUGUUGUGCCAAUGGCUUUGCACUUGCGCUUUUCAUCAUUUCCACCAUAAUUUUUAUAGUGCUGGUGGUAUAUUUCAAACCAUUUAACCAAAUUCAUGUGGCUGGCAGAGGAUAAAGCAAAUCUGCUGUUUUUUAAAAAAAAUUGCAUAGGAAAAAUGUUACAUAGCAAGUAGCAUUAUCUUUUGUGAGAAUGAUGUGCUGUUGAUGUCCAUCAGAAAAACACAAAAUACUUUGUGAAUUAUAAAUUUGUGAAAUGUGUAAUAAAAGACUUUCAUCAACCAACAUUGUUACUUUAAUCACAUUAGACGAGAGUCUGUUCCUGUACAGAGAGAAACCUUUUUUCACUGGAUAGAUGGCCUGCUAGGAUUUGAAUGCAGGACUGUCGGAGCAAUAGGCUAACAGCUUAACCACUGAACUAC